CUUCUCCUCCACAUCUGCUCCUUCCCCAGAAGCUACUGAUAGUUUCGAGCGCUCACAAUGACUGCUUCGGUUCUUGGCAAGCGCCAACGGAAUACUCUUGAGGUAGGAGUGCCAGUGCUACCUGUGCGCAGUGCCAGUAAGCGCCGAACACAACCGCCUCGCAUCCUUCAGGAAGAAAAUGCACCGUCUGCACCGACAACACGCCAACUGCGGUCAAAGACAAGGAGUGGCAGCACCUACCAACAGGAAAAUGAUGCCAAGUCUGAGGACGACUCCAAUAGAAUUGGAAGUGUGAAGGAUGAAGAGCCGGAGCAAGAAGCGCUAUCUCCCAUAAAACCCCAUUCGCGUAUCCGUACCUCAACAUCAAUCAAUGGAGGAUUAUCGACGAAGAAGUGCGGCGAUCCUCAACCGACAACUAUAGAUGAGAAUACGAGACCGGUUGAGUUUAAGACUCCUUCAAAGUCUAGAUACAGGGACGCCCUUGACUCGCCGCCUAUCACACCAAAGCACCGGGUUCAGGUCGGGGGAAUCUCGUUAACUCCACGUACACCUCGACAGGCAUCAACACCGCAAGCCACACAAACCACACAAACAAUUUAUACUCAGGCCAGACAAUUGUUUGCCCGGGGCGCAUAUUCGGGUCGCCUUAUUGGCCGUGAAGCGGAACGGGAAAAGCUAGUCUCGUUCAUCCAAGAUGGUCUCCAGUCACGACAAGGUGGCUGUCUGUAUGUCAGCGGUCCUCCUGGGACGGGCAAAAGUGCUAUGGUUAAAGAAGUAUGUGAUGAGCUUGACCUGGGCUCUGUGAAGGUUACGCAUGUCAAUUGUGCGAGCAUGCGAAGUGCUCGAGAUGUCUAUAGCAAGCUCAUCGAAGAUCUCUGCGACGACCAGCAGAUUUUCAAAAAGAGUGAAGCAGAGAGGCUAAAAGCCAUGUUCACCUCUAAUAAGAAGCAGGAUGAUAUGUAUCUGGUUUCAUUGGAUGAAAUAGACCACCUCCUUACCGCGGAUGCGGGUAUCCUGCAAUCUUUGUUCGAGUGGUCAUUGCAAGGAAAAUCCAAGCUCAUGCUUAUCGGAAUCGCCAAUGCGCUAGAUUUGACCGACCGUGCAUUGCCACAGCUCAAGGCAAAGAACCUGAAACCUCGUUUACUUCCUUUCUUACCUUACAACGCUGGUCAGAUCGCCAACGUAGUCACUGAACGUCUCCGCUCGUUGCUCUCUGGUGGCCAGUGCGAUGAUCCCAAAUUCAUUCCUUUUGUCCAACCGGCAGCUAUUAUGUUAUGCUCGAAGAAAGUUGCAUCGCAGACCGGCGAUCUGCGAAAGGCUUUUGAGCUCAUCAAGCGUGCUAUUGAUCUCAUCGAGCAAGAAACGUUGCAGAAACUCGAAAAACAGAACGAGAACCCGGAGAGCCCUUCCAAAACAAUACUCGUUGAGAAUAACAACCUCUCAUCCCCAAGGCCAAAGCAAAAUCUUACAUCAGCAUAUACAACACUUACUGCACCACGGGCCAGCAUUGCCCAUGUUGCACGCAUUACUUCGGCCACAUUUGGACAAGGGACUGUCCAACGACUUCAAGGCAUCAACCUCCAGCAAAAGGCGGCCAUUUGUGCAUUGAUUGCGCUCGACCGUAAACGACGUGAAGGAGAAUUUCCAGGAACACCGUCGAAGACCAAGCAUUCGGCCCCAACAAUAAAGCAAAUCUUCGAUACCUACUGCACGCUAUGCCGGAAAGAUAAUAUCCUCCACCCACUUACAGCCACUGAGUUCAGAGAUGUACUUAGCAACUUGGAGACUCUAGGACUGGUUGGAGAAUACCAAGGCAAGGGCCGAGGCGGCACAGUUGCCGGUGGUUCGAACAUCAGACGUUCUCCCUCUAAAUCAAUGAGUGGGCCUAUGACCCCCAGCAGGGCUAUGGAUGAACAGAGCCUGGUUUGCUUUGUGUCCCAAAAAGAGAUUGAAACUCAGCUUUCUGGCCCAGGAGAGGGAAUCCUCAGACGGCUGCUCACUGGCCAGGGUUUGUGA